UCCGCCUGUCCCGUGCAGCCAUUGGUCCAUGAAUUUACCCCGCGCUCUGAUUGGCUCGUGCCAUAGGUUUCCCUCAGAACUGCAGGACGCCGAUAUUGCGUUACAUUGUAGCAAAAUGGCGGCUGUCAUUCAGAAUCCACUAAAAGCAUUGGGUGACCAGUUCUAUAAGGAGGCUAUUGAGCAGUGCCGCAGCUACAAUGCCCGCCUGUGUGCUGAGCGCAGCGUCCGCCUGCCUUUCCUGGAUUCUCAAACCGGCGUCGCCCAGAACAACUGCUACAUUUGGAUGGAGCGCCACCACCGCAGCCCUGGGGGUGCUCCGGGGCAGAUGUACACAUACCCCGCCCGCUGCUGGAGAAAGAAGAGGCGGCUGCACAACACCACAGAUCCUCGCCUGGGCAUCUACGGCCUCCAGCUCGAUGGAGGCCUCAUGUCCAGAGACUCUUUGCCCAACCAGAGCACGACACUGGAGGCUCUGCUACGAGGAGAAGGUCUAGACAAGAGGAACAACUCUAAGAACGAUGAGGAGAGCCUGCUGGAGAUUCAGAGGGUUCUGGAAGCAGAUGCAGCAGAAGAUGCCUUCAAUGAUGACGAUGACUUCGAGGUGGACACCCCAAAGAGGAGACACCGGGGCAAAGGACGGGGUCGUGGUUUGGGGCGCAGGCGGACCGAUCUGGAUGACGAUAAGCCAUAUGUCUGUGACAGCAGAUACAAACAGAAGCAAAAUUCAAAAACUGCAACUUCAGUCUGUGCAAAACGCUACAGGAACCGCACCGGACUGAGUUACCACUACACCCAUUCCCACUUGGCAGAGGAGGACAGAGCUGGGGAGAGAAGCACCGUGGCGUCCCGCUCCCCCAGCGCUCCACAGACCGACCGGCACAGACGUCCAAAGGGUCCAGGCGGGUCCAGCAUUCCCAAUAACUACUGUAACAAAUGCCAGGGCUCAAACAAGAAAAUGCUCAAGCCUGGGUUCCCCUGCUCCGACUGCCAUCGCACAAAUGACCGCGGCGAGGAGAAGGAGGACGGGGCGUUCGCCGGCGCCGAGGAGCUCUUCGGCACCACAUCAGAGAGCGACACUUCCACCUUUCACGGCUUUGAGGACGACGAGCUUGAGGAGCCGGCCACAAACGGCAACGGCAUCCCCAGCCUUCACAGAUAAAGCAGAUCCGCCUGCACAUCUGAUCAGAACUGACAUUUUUUAUAAGGAGUAACCUCUGGCAAAAAUCUGCUGCUUCUUUCCAAUUUUUUUGUUUGUUUGUUUGCAGAAAGCACAAAUCGAUAAUUUCAGGAUGGACAUGCAAGUGGUAUUUUAUCUUUGGACUGUUGUUAAGUAAUUUAUGAACAUUUUUUUAAAGACAUAAUAUACAGUAUACAUGAACUUUGAAGGCAGUGAAAGUUAGAGUUUCCUGACAAGUGGCUGUGGAGAACUGAAGAGGUCAGUGCGUGUGUGGAGAUGUUUUUUUGUCCUCCUUAGCUGGAGAAGAAGCAGCAACAAGAGCAAAAGACACUGGAGAAAUUCACAACUUUUUUUUCUUUGUAAUGAAAGACUACUGGACAUUUUUAAGUCCGUAGAAAGAACUUUGAAGGCCGAACUUUGGAUUAAACAUGUGAAAAUGAAGGAACCAUUAAAAGCCACAAGAUGAAGAAGCCUUUCAAAUCUCUAAGGAACGGGAGCGUCAUGAAUGCUAGGAGCAGUCACACAUUCGGUCUGGAACUGAGGCAGAUAACUGGCGAAAAAACACUUACACCCUCAAAAAAAAGACAGACUUCCUUUAAAUUUGGGCCUAAAAGCAACUGAAACAGAUGACUGGACAUCCACUUCUUCUUCUUCUUCCACAGGCUGUGUGGCUUCGCUGAAGCGACUGCUCCCUCCGUGAAAUGAAUGAACUCUUGAAAUGUGAGCAUCCGGCUUCGUUUCAGCCUUUCCUGCACCGGCUGCAGUUCCUCUCUGAACUACCAGAACACUAAAGGCCAGGCCUUUGGACUCUUCGUGCCCAACGGGUGCAUUUUGGGGCCCCAGCGGCCCGGCCCUGCUCUGUGACCGCGUGUCCGCUGCGUGAUCGGAUGCGACACCGAGACAUCAUUACCCUCAUCACUGUGCCAGCCUGCCGCUCUGCACUGGAAAAACCAGCUUUGACAGCCAUGAAUCCUCCCUUCAGACCCCGCCCCCCCUACAACCUGCAGCCAUAGAGACGGUGCUGAAAUCCACCACUAUCACACACAGACCUCUGGACUACUGAUGCUACAUGAACACCAACGUCUCCCGCUUCAGUCUAUUUUUCUGCUUCUGCUUUCAGAUUUCAAACCAAUCGCAGCCCAAUAUUUUUGCACCUUUUAAAGACAAAAAAAAAAUGCUUCUCGGGUAUGUUCAGACUUUACUGCUGCCUCUGUCCUGAUGAGUUGCACAAAAAAACCCAGAUGUCUCUCUGUUCUCUGCUGUCGAUUGUUAGCUGCUCUGCCCUGAUUUAUGUGAUUGUAUUCAGACGAUGAAGAAUUCCACUAAAAGAAUCCCUACUUGGGCGACAAGAAACUGCAAUAACAAGCUUCAGCUUUGCCUCUUCUUCUUCCUCGAUUUGUCACCUCCGGUUUAUUUCAAAAACACAUUUGAACUCCGUGUUUUUGAGGAAUUCCCAGAUUGCUUCAUGAGAUUGAGAAAGUGCUUUAAGUACUGUAUGAGGCGCCGUUUAGGUCCACCGCUUGCACAUUCAGUAUAAAAGAGGUUCAUCUCUGAAGAUCCAGCACAGGCGCUCCGUUCCUGACGCUAACCAUUAAUCCUGUGCGUCUGAUAAGACUCGCUUGUACAUUCAGAGCAUCUCUCUUCCCUCAGGGACCCUCCACACGGCAGUUUAUCUCCACUGGACAAAGAAUGCAUCAGAAACGUGUCCUCUGUUUGUGUUUUUUUUUUUUUUUUCUUGUACCAGCUGUGGGGUGUUUCCAUAGUAAAAUGGGUCAUUGUGCGUCUUAUCUUCCAAAGUUGCUUCAGUCAGUGAAAGCACGUGUCAUACUGUUUUGUUUUUUUUGUGUGUGUGUGUGUGUGUGUGAAAUGUUUCUGUGCAGCCCUGAACAAAAGGAAAAAGCCCCUGCAUUUGCAAUGUCUGCAUAAAACGAUGUAUCUGCUAUCACUGAAGAGCCUGUUAUACCUCGUCAAAGACUCAGCAAUAGGCCCUGGUACUUUAUUCAUAUUUUUUGUGAAGUCUGCAGGGGGGAGUAGUAAGGAAGAGGAGUAGAAAUGAACAUCAUAGAGUAGGGUAUCUUUCUUUUUUUCUGCUGUAAAUACAAGUCUAAAUGGAGCGAAUGAAGAAGUCUUUGUUAAACUAUUUUUAUUGUUCUGGAAAUAAAGAAAAAAUAGCAAAUGA